GCAUCCGCAGGGGAAAGCGGAGGAACUGAGGAAGCAAGAGUCAAUGUCCUCGUAUUUACCUUCGAGAUCUUCUGCGAAUCACAGAAGAACAACAGCUCAAGCAACAGAUGACCACCCCAUCGCUCCAGGACCUCGAAUGCAGGGUCCAGGCUUAGCUCCGGCUCCUAAUGUUCGACCUCUGUUUCAGUUCCUGUCAUUUGGACUCAUCCUGUUCUUGGGCUCACUUCAGUUUCUCUUGCCAGUCACCCAUUUUCGGAACCCCUCCGAUCCUCUCAGAAACUGGAUCCCACUGAAAACUUCUUCAUCUCCGCUGACUGAGUUGGGGACUUCAAGGAAUGGUGAUAGUGGAGGUGAUGAUGGGAUGGUGCAUGUUGUGUCUUGGAUGGAUUGUCUAGACCUUCGACUUCUUGCAGUUCUUGCCAACUCAACUUUGUCAAGCUCCAGAUAUCCUGAUUUGGUUUACUUUCAUUUCUUUGUCCCUGGAGGAAACGAAGACAGAGUAUCAUUUUAUAAAUUGAAGGUCUUAUUUCCACAUUCAAAUCUUGAAAUUCAUGGGCAGGAUGAAGUUAAAGAAAUAAUUACGAGUGCUUUUCAAGGGAUCCAAUAUACUGAGACCAGUUUUGAGGAAAUAGUGCCAUUCGUCAUACCAAUUGUCCACCAGUUUUUGAGCAAAUUCAUAUAUGUCUCAGCAAAUGUAAUCAUGAAGGGAAAAGUUGAAGAGCUAAUUGGAGUUGACUUGACCAAUUAUGCUGUUGCAGCUGCCGAAGACUGCACUAAAAAGUUAAGCACUUACGUGAAUUUUGACGUGUUGGAUGCUAUUCAGAGAUCAGCUUCAAAGCCUUGGGUAUUUGAAAGACCUUAUGUGAAGGAUGCCUGUAUGCCAGGUUUAAGAGUUCUAUUGAUUGAUGCGAAUAAAUUAGAAAAGGAUUUUAUGGAAGCUGUCAUAUGGUGGAGCAAAGUUCUGAAUUUGCGGGAAAGCACAAGUCCGAAAGGCCUGGCAGUCUCAUUGGCACUCUACAAUAGGUAUCUCCGGCUUUCUUUUUCUUGGUUGGUGAAGCAUUCAACAUCAACAGAUGUCAGCAACAGUAUGGUUGUCCUCUACGAUGGGCCCUCUGUUUGCUUUGAAUCAGGCGGUGCCACCAUCUCACAAUCCAGUCAGGACAAUGCCUGGACUCAGUUCGUUCCUUCAAUCUCAAAUCAAAUCUUGGAUAGCUAGAGUUGAUUGGUCAUGAAAUGAGAUUUGCCUUGAAUGUGGUGCAUGAAGAAGCUGUUAUGCAUCAUGAGGAACCAAAUAUUGCAAGUCAAAAAUGAAUAUGAAAAUAUAGAUGUUUAAGGUCAUAAUUGAAAUUGUAAUUAUUUUGUUGAUGCAUAGGAGACUUUUUUUCAUGUAUUGGAAGAGACAUGACCUUGAAGCUUUCCAUGUUAGCAUAGGAUUGUAUGAGAUUUAUCAACUUCUGAUAUUAUCAGAUUAAUUGAAAUGUAUGGUCAGCAGAUUGUUUGUGGACCUAAA